CAGGAAUUGUAAAUUUUCAACGGAAAUCUUUAAUCUACCGGAAAUCCGAUACUUAUAUUUGUAUAAAGAAUAAGGUUUUAUAGGGAAAUAACUAAUGGAGACGGGGUUCGGGUAUACUGUAUUAGCUAAAUCAACCUAUCGGUUAUUGGAUGAUGGCUGACGUUAGAGUCCAUGAGACAUUCGAAACUCGGAGAAAUCGCAUUAGGAAUCUGUGCGACUUGAAAAUUAUUUACCGCAGGCUGCAUCUUUAUAAGAUCGCAGGAAACUUCCUCUCUCUGUUCAUUGUUCUUAUAACCCUUUUUUUGGUAGUUUGUCUUUGAUAAAAGUUAUAUCCAAUCAGAGCUAUCGGAUUCAAAACCCACAGAUACAGAACACGAUUUAACCCGACUCCAUAAUUUUCUAAACUUCCGCCUCGUUUCUACGCCACCUUUGUCCAGUUUACAUCAACCUUUGAUUGACACUCUUAACAUUUUCAAUUCUUAAUACAUCCAUUCUUUCCACCAGAACCAUCACUACAUACCCAACAUGUCUUUCUCUAGUCUCGUACAAGAUUUAUCAUUCAGAGAUGCUGCUGGUGAGCGACGACCACCAAUUCGAGCUGCGGCAUCGGUUUCGACUUAUGAUGAUCGUGCAUCUUAUGUUUCCAGAGCCGACUCGCACAUCUCCAGAGCCAGAUCAUAUGCAAGCACGGCGGCGACGAGUGUGAGCAUAUCUGGGGAUAUUGGUAGUCAAUUGCACGGUGGUUACUGCCAUCCUUUGGCAAGAACAUGGCAGGCUGAGAGACAAUUGACAAAGGUAAGACUCACGUCGCUACGUACACUACUUUUCAGCUUCUGACAGCCCUCACAGUCAAUGCUUAUCUAUCCCCUGUUUGUUUCCGACAUUGAUGACGAAGAAACCCUUAUCCCCUCCCUUCCCGAUCAACACCGUCGAGGCAUCAACAAGGUCGUGCCAUUCCUGGAACCUCUUGUUCGCAAGGGUUUGAGAUCAGUCAUAUUAUUCGGUGUACCGAUUGCGCCUAAUGCCAAGGACGCUCUCGGAACAAGCGCAGAUGAUCCACAAGGUCCAGUCAUUGCUACAAUUCGACUCCUCCGUCAGCGAUUUCCACAACUCUUCAUCGUGGCAGAUGUUUGCCUUUGCGAAUACACUUCUCACGGACAUUGCGGUAUUUUGAGGGAUGAUGGUAGUCUCAACAACCAGUUGUCAGUCGACCGUGUCUCAGAUGUCGCGAUCGCAUAUGCUCACGCCGGUGCGCAUUGCGUUGCCCCUUCAGAUAUGAAUGACGGACGCAUUCGUGCUAUUAAACUCAAGUUGAUCGAGGAGGGUAUUGCACACAAAGUCGUAUUGAUGUCAUACGCUGCUAAGUUCUCUGGUUGCUUAUACGGACCAUUCCGUGAUGCAGCAGGAUCUGUCCCUUCGUUCGGCGAUCGAAAAUGCUAUCAAUUACCACCAGGAGGGCGUGGUCUUGCUCGCAGAGCCAUUGAAAGAGAUAUCGGUGAAGGUGCAGACAUUAUCAUGGUCAAGCCGGCUAGCCAAUAUCUCGAUAUUAUUAGCGAUGCAAAGGAGAUUGGAAAAAAUAUGCCUAUCGCAGCAUAUCAAGUUAGUGGAGAAUUUGCGAUGAUUCAUGCCGGCGCAAAGGCUGGUGUUUUUGACUUGAAGACAAUGGCUCUUGAGUCUUCUGAAGGUAUUCUGAGAGCUGGUGCCACCAUCAUUGUCAGCUAUUUCACACCACAAUUGCUUGACUGGUUAGAGUCAUAGACAUGGUUUAUUAUGGAGUAUGGGAUCAUUUUAGAGCUUUUUGUUUAAGCUUAUCAACGGCGUUUGGGGACGACAUUAAUGAACGGACUGGAAAUGGAGUUAGACAAAAUUACUGUCAGAUUAUCAUGAAUUUAAUGCUACUAUUAAGAACUCUACUUCA